AUGUCGUGUGUUGUCUCCGUGUGCACUGACGGUGGACGCUAUGCAGACCUGCAGCUAGAGUUCUCGUCUGCGGUCCAGAGCAGCGCCGAGCAGAGAGCGCUCAUCCUCAAACUGGAACACGAUCUGAGCAGCAUCCAGACCAUGUCCUCCAUGUUACGCCCUGAUGCAGACGGGGCUGACCUGACUAGCAUGAUUGACACCAUCCCUGAGCCAAUCAAAGAGGCCACUGCCAUGUUCGCAGGCCUACCCCAGGGGGAGCUGCCUCAAGGCCAGAUGGACUCUCUCCUCUCCAUAAUCUCCAGCCAGAGAGAGCGGUUCCGCUCACACAACCAGGAGCUGGAGGCUGAGAGUCGUUCCGUGCAGGUGACCAUGCAGGGCCUGCAGAGGGAGCUGGACAGCCUGCGUGCCGACAACAUCAAACUCUACGAGAAGAUCAAGUUCCUCCAGAGCUACCCUGGCAGGGUGAGUAGGUUCCUCCAGAGAUACCCUGGCAGGGUGAGUAGGUUCCUCCAGAGCUACCCUGGCAGGGUGAGUAGGUUCCUCCAGAGCUACCCUGGCAGGGUGAGUAGGUUCCUCCAGAGAUACCCUGGCAGGGUGAGUAGGUUCCUCCAGAGCUACCCUGGCAGGGUGAGUAGGUUCCUCCAGAGCUACCCUGGCAGGGUGAGUAGGUUCCUCCAGAGCUACCCUGGCAAAGUGAGUAGGUUCCUCCAGAGCUACCCUGGCAGGGUGAGUAGGUUCCUCCAGAGCUACCCUGGCAGAGUGAGUAGGUUCCUCCAGAGCUACCCUGGCAGGGUGAGUAGGUUCCUCCAGAGCUACCCUGGCAGAGUGAGUAGGUUCCUCCAGAGCUACCCUGGCAGGGUGAGUAGGUUCCUCCAGAGCUACCCUGGCAGGUUCCUCCAGAGCUACUACGGCAGGGUGAGUAGGUUCCUCCAGAGCUACCCUGGCAGGGUGAGUAGUUUCCUCCAGAGCUACCCUGGCAGGGUGAGUAGUUUCCUCCAGAGCUACCCUGGCAGGGUGAGUAGGUUCCUCCAGAGCUACCCUGGCAGGGUGAGUAGGUUCCUCCAGAGCUACCCUGGCAGGGUGAGUAGGUUCCUCCAGAGCUACCCUGUCAGGGUGAGUAGUUUCCUCCAGAGCUACCCUGGCAGAGUGAGUAGUUUCCUCCAGAGCUACCCUGGCAGAGCUGGAGGCAGUGAUGACACGGUUACAGUGCGUUACUCCUCCCAGUAUGAGGAGAGACUGGACCCCUUCGCCUCCUUCAGCAAGAGGGAACGCCACCAUAGAUACCUGAGCCUCAGCCCCUGGGACAAGGUUACCCUCAGCCUGGGUCGUAGCAUUCUCUCCAACAAGAUGGCCAGAACCAUUACAUUCUUCUACACCCUCUUCCUGCAUUGCCUGGUCUUCCUGGUGCUUUAUGAGACUGCCUGGAGUGAGAGCAUCGGUCGAGACUGCUCUGCCUUCUGUGCUAAGAAGUACUCGGAUCACCUGCAUCGUUUUCAUGAGAACGGGGACAACCUGUGACGCUUUCAAGACAACUGGUGGGUGGGGGGGGGCGGACUAGGUCAGUUCAUGACGUCAGUGAUCUUCAGGUCAGAAAGUCGGAGUUCUAGAAAGAUGCCAGAAUUCCCGACUAGGAAUUCUGAGUUGGGUGGACCGUUCAACACUAUUUUCUAAGUCUGAGUUUUUUUCCCGAGUUGGUUUGACAGGAAGAACAGCUUUAUUUUCUGCAGUAGCUGCUUUU